CUCCAUUUGAGAGCUUGUUCGUAGUCCAGCCAGGAUGUACCUUCCUCAAAGGUACUUGUGCUUUUUCGCAUUAAUUGUCACAGCGUUGGCGGCCGAGCCGGAGAAAAAUUUGGUCACCGUCGCCACCAAGAAGAUCAGCAAUGUCGUCAGUGACAAAUUCAUCAGCAUCUCCCUUGACCCUGAGCUGCUCAUGGACCACGACUUUGCCAGCACCGACUUGCUCAAACUGCAAGAAAUGGCCAGUUUCUUUGCUCCUGCGUACUUGAGAUUGUCCGGUCCGUGGUGUCAAAAGUACAGAUUCGAGGCCUACGGAGACACGGCCAAUGAAAAAUACGUCGUCACAGGAGAGACAGUCGAAGUUGUUAGUCAACUGGUGCGCGAGUCUGGCAUGAAGUUGCUGGUUUGCCUAAACCCAACUUUGCGUGCUUCGGACGGCUCCUGGAAUUCUACUGAAGCGAGAAAUCUGCUGGAGGUUUUGCACAUGAUGGACUUGAACAUUGCGGUUGAGCUUGGAUACGAGCGAUUGAAAAACGAGCCACACAUGAGCGGCUCUCAAAUGGGCGCCGAUCUGCUCGCCCUGUCCGACCUUCUGGAAGAGUUUCCUCGUUUCCGUAAAGCGUCGAUUGUCGCUCCUGACAUCACGUCCCUCAAAGUUGAUGACAAAAUCAGAAUCGCUGAGAUGCUGAAAACGGCUGGCUCGAAAAUCCAAAAAAUCAUGUGGCACACAACAGAUUACUCGCCCAAAAUAACUGAAGGAAGUCACGAUCUGGGAUCAAAGGUCAGACUUGGCCUUCAUGAAAUGGCCAGUGACAGGAAAGAUAUUCACGACGAACUCGCAUUCUACAACGCUGCUCAUAAACCUCUGUGGAUAAGCGAAGCAGAGAGACCCGCGCCACAAGGCCGUUUUGUAGACGCAAUGCAAUGGGUGUCAAAAUUAGGCCAGGCAGCGAGAAUGGACGUGGACGUUAUCAUGCAUUCGCCGACACUGCAAACUCUUCUUCAUCCAACUCCUGAAUUUUGGGUUUCGGCGCUGCACAAGCAACUCGUGGGCAGCUCGGUUUUGGACACACGGUUUGUGAACGAGAGAAUGGGAAGAGAGACGCACAUCUUCGCGCACUGCUCGACCACAGGCGUGUCUUUGGGCGGCAUCGUCGUUUUCGGCGUUAAUUACCGCGACGAAGCUGUGCCGCUCGAGCUGCACGGAAUUAAGGACAGCGAAGUUCGAGUUUACAUGAUCACACCGGAAAACAAUAUUUUUGAAAAGAACAUCCAUGUGAACAAAGCUGUUCCAUCUCUCUCCUCGUGGGUGCAGCCGAUAAUUUUGUCGCCUAGCAACAAGAGCAUUUCCCUAAUGAUGCCUGCCAAGUCGAUCGUUUUCUGGGACGUCCCGAAUGCCGGCGCCUCUGCGUGCAUGCCGAAGGAAAGCGACCGGAAGAAGAGAUUUGCCGCGGACGAGAUUGAAGAUGGACCCGAGGAGGACAAGUACCACUGCGGCUGGAGCAUCAUCAUGGCCAAUCUGCCAAUUUUCCACCGUAAACCUGAGCAGGAAACGAAGGGCCGAGCCGAAGAGGAGGAAAUCGACUAUUUCAGUUCAAACAACAUUCGCGUUUUGGGUGAAAAGGAAAACCUGCAAAAGGUCGAUGGCACCUCUGUCGAAGUGGACAAGGACGAUGGAUUCGUGGACAAGGUCCGCAUGCAGCAAUUCUCAGACCCGGGAUUGAGUUACAUGGGCCAAAAUAUGCCCUUCCUCAUCCACAGUUUGUUUCCGGACAGCGUUUCCUCGGAAGAGCAGAUCAGAGCAAAACGUGCGGCCCCUUCUUUGAACCCGCCCAUUGACCUCCUCAAAGGAAGUCAGCUUUUGCACACAAUAAAUCAAAAUCGAGCACCGCGAAAGGAGGAAAAGAAACCUGGAGGAUUAUUUGCGCCGAAAAUUCUGCACAGGCGGCUCGUGGCUCCAAUUCAGGCAACGAAUUUUGCCCAGAAGUUUGAACAGUUUAAAAGGGACUUUGAGCAGAAGCUGGAGGCGCAGCGGCAGAAGAAGAACGAGGUCAGCAAACUGGUGCUCAAAAGAAAGGUGGACAACCUGCUGCUGCCGAGGUCCGUUGGAAACCAAUACAAGGACGCCUGGCCCAGGAUGCAGCCCGCCAAGACUAAAAGCAACCACAGGAUUAUAGGAAAAAAGGAACCCGAAGAUGAAGAGGAAAGCAAUUACAAAGGAAAUAAUAAUGGAAAGCGAGGUACUGAUGAGCUGUCUCCGUUCAGAGACGCGCCAGAAACAGAAAAUCCUCGCGUGAAGAGAAAAUCCGGAACCACUAAUGGAGAUUUCGAGUUUGAACUUUUGGACCAAAACGAUCUGAAUAAAGUCGACUCGGUCUGGCCGGCAUACAAGAACGUUAUUUUGGGCAAGUCGCCGUCUGAAAUGCCCAGCGUGCCGACAACUGCCGCCUCGAGUGAACAAGAAAAGGAAGAUUCGAAAUCUGAAAAAGAUGGCAACGUGCUUCACCAAUUCUUUGAAACGGCAAAUCGCAUUUUGUGUUCGGUGCGACGAGCCCUGAAUCCGUCAUUGCCUUGUACAUGCAACAAAAACAAAAAUUAAUUUAAUUAUCCUUGAUGAUUUAGAAUAGUUAUUUGUGUGUUAUGGCAUUUUGUUUAAAAUAAAUAUUUUUGUUAUUAUUA